GCGCGCAGGGUUUGGUGGUGCUCGUUUGUUUCCAUCGCCUCCCGUACUUGAAGGGUGUAGCGUGAUGAUGGUCGUCAUUGCUGUCCACAUGCAAAACCGACGACGCACACAGGCGGUCUGCGGUAGGCACGUGUGUUCGCGUUUCCGUGGCCACGACGUCGGCGGCGGCGGGAGACAUCUGUGGACACGUCCCUCAAGAGGGGUUGCAGCAUGCGAAUCGCAGGCGUGUCUUGUUUCGGAGUCGGUGUCAUUGGAGGCGAUCGUGCGGCGGCGGGCUUCGUGUCCAGGUUGGAAGGAAGCGAUGGAGGGUGGCGUUGAUGGUUGUCGUGGAGUGUUGUCGCCGACGGAGAAGAUAGCGGUUGCAGCUGCCGCGCUAGCCGUCGUGAUCCGCAGCCAGAUUGAGAGAGCGGCAGGGACGACGAAGGCCAGGCUUUCCGCGCGUCGGCAGAGGCUGCUCGUGCAGAGGGUGGUGGACGUCCCGGAUUGCAUCACCAUUUCGGAGGCCGUCUUCCAGCUCUGCACCGCAAUCGGGUGUGGUGUCGUUCCCCGGGCGACUCCUCGAUGGUGGAUGAAGCGCAGAACAGGGGGCACUUGGGAGGACUUGCGGGUCUGCGACAAUGCGAGUGAGGACUACUUUCGAGAGAAGCUUCACAUGCCUAGACGAGUUUUCAUGGAGAUCAGCGAAGCCUGCGCUCCACAUCUUCAAAGACAGGUUACCUUCUACAGGGAACCGCUGCAGCCGGAGAAGAUUGUCGCUUACGCGCUGUACCGGUGGGCGACAGGAGAGACGUAUGACAGGAGCACAUCUUCGUUCGGCGUGGGGAGAGCCUCUGGAAUUAUUGCGGUGCGUGAUGUGACAUCCACGUUGCCUCGGGUGUACGCGGACAAGAUAUCGUGGCCAACCGGGGUGCGGAAACACGUCGUGAUGCGGGCAUCCAUGGACAAGGGCUUCCGGAACUGCCACGGAGCGGUCGAUUGCAGACACAUCUACGUGGACAAAACGGCAAACGCGCCCAGCGAGAUCUACUUCGGCCGCAAACAUCGUUUCUCCGUGGUCGCGCAGGUGGUGGUCGACCUCAAUCUGCGCGUUCUGGACGUUUUCGUUGGGUAUCCAGGGAGCUGCCACGAUAUCAGGAUCAUCCAACUGUCCAGCCUGUCCAGGCGCGCGGAAGAGGGGACGCUGUUUCGUGGGCCACCUGUGACGCUGCCGGGCGGGGUGAGAACCAACGGGUACAUCGUGGGCGACAAUGGGUACCCUCCAUCGGAAUGGGUGGUGGUCCCUUACGGAGGAAUCAAUCAACAUCUUGACGAGGAACGAUUCGACACGAAGCAGAAGGUCGCCAAAGGGGUUGUGGAGAGAGCGUUCGGCAGGUUGAAGGGCAUGUGGAGGCUAUUCUUGCGAACUCACAAGACGAACCUGGACACUUUGCAGCAAGAGUUUACUGCGGUUUGCAUUCUGCACAGCAUUCUUCUCGAUGCAGGGAUAGAGUUCAACGAGAAUCUGCUAUGGGAAGUGGACCGCAAUGGAGUGCGACGACGUGUGGAUUUGGGAAUUCAACUUCCCCCCCAACCAGUGACCAAUGCCACUUCAACAGACGAGGCGCUCGCGCUCCAAGACGCAUUGGCAGAGCAAAUGAAACACUCGUGAUCAGCAACAUCGCCAUCGUCGUCGGCCCUCUCCUACUACUUUGUGUGUGCGAACUGCAGGCAUCUCUUAUCCAUCGCGCCACUGUCA